AUGGACUUGAACAGUGCGCUUAUGCAGUUUUUUGACUACCAACCUGACUACUACUACGAUGAGCGCCAACAGUUCUUUGAAGAUGAAUUUUGCAAGAAUUUUGCCCAGUCGGAAAUAACCAUUGAUAACUACUACCAGCCCAAAACUAAGCUAGUCACUAAUACUCAGUCCAAAAAUGGAACCAAAGAUGAUCAAACAAAAGAUCUUACUGUCAAUUGUAACCAAAUUGAAGAAUUGUUAGAUAGGUUAUCACUGGGCAGAUUUACCAGUACAAUUGAUUCAGAACUAAAAUUUCUGCUAGAUAACAUUGACGAUACUUUUGAGCCACUUACCACAGUUUCUGCGCCUAAAAGCGUUACUAGCGCCACAAAUUUUUCAUGCAAAAUUGCAAACCAAGACCCCUUUCUCGGAUUUACCAAAGUUUUAACACCCAUUCCUAUUCCGCUAAUUAAAAAUUAUCAACUUGACCCAGAGGCGCAACAGUUACUAACUUCAAUUGGCAGCAACAAAAUAUGCAUUGUAUCAUCUUUGGGCCAAUCAAAAGUAGGGAAGAGCUUUUUGAGUAAUAUACUCCUUUCUAGACCCAUCAGGAGGAGGUUUCCCCUGUCACAAUCAUCACAUGACACCCCAAAUAUUACUCAAAGUAGCAGCAAUCAACAUGAUAUAGGUGAUGAUGACGUUCAAGCUUACAUGUUCCUAGCUGAAUAUGAUUCCCAGUCUACGGUUUAUUGCUUUAUCGACUGGACAUGCCAAGUUGAUUCAUUUCAGACGCGUGUAUCUACUUUCAUUUCCGAUACCAUCCUAUUCCACCACUCAUACGAUAAUACUGAUUGCCUAAACACUUUCUUAAAUUCAAUCAGCGAGAUGGUCUCAGAGGGCUGCAUUGGUGAUGAUAGUAGCGGGGUACAGAAUUUUCAGCCCAUACCACUCAUCAAAGUUAUAGUACAUGAUGGACCCAAAUACAGCACUACACUAGGGAGCUUCAAACAUUUGGAUAAUUACAAAAUCAUUACUUUACCAUUUCCCCUAGACGAAACCUUUGUUUCUCCCUCUUCAACACUAGAUAAAAGCAACCAAACUAACAAAUUAGACCCCUCUCUAUAUCCUCCGCACUCUUAUUGUGUUGAAUUCAUCAACGCCUGCGAAGAACUCAAGAAGAUUCUAUUUGUGCAAACGCUAGAGAAAUCCAAAAGUGGUUUACCAAAAAAUGGAAACAUACUCCAAUGUGCCUUGAAGUGUUUCAAAUAUGAGAGUUCGAACAGUGAUGCUAGCGAUAAUGAACAACUUAAGAAUGUGUGGAACAUGGCUAGAAAUGCUCAUGACGAGUCACUACGUUUUCAGUGCAAGGAGAUGUUCCUCAAGUAUAUUCGACAAGACUUGCAGCCUCUGCUACCUUUGGGGACUAAGCACUUGCUGGAAAGAUGUUAUGAAUAUAAAAUUCAUAUUAUCGACCAUCACAAAAAGAACGUCAUGGGUAACGAACAACAGAGUUUGAAAGAAUUAUGUCAAAAGUUGGAUAAAAUCAUCAAAAAGGCCAUAAGAGAGAACGAAGAAUUUUCUGAGAAGGCAAAUUUGAAGAAAUUGCACGAGAUUGGCAAGCGAUUUAGCGACAUUGAUGACAUUAAAAAUGAGUAUGAUAAGAAUAUCCAGGGCCCAACUAGUGUGCAUUACAAGACUUUCAGAGAGUUUGAGCGGGGGUAUAAUACCUAA